CAAUUCAAGAUGGCGGAGAACGGCGAAAAAGCACCUCUUAUCAAUAAGAAAUUUGACGACUCUGAUGAAGAAUUGACUGGUUGUGGAGCCACAGCGUGCUGUGAUCCUAGAAAAGGUGUCCAUCGGUAUUUUGUCCUUGGGUUGAUAUGCUUCUUGAGUUUUGGAAGUUACUACUGCUAUGACAAUCCAGCAGCAUUAGAGGAAAAUAUUAAACUGGACAUGAAGGUUUCCACACAGAAAUAUGUGUUAUUAUAUUCCCUCUAUUCAUAUCCAAACGUGGUGUUGUGUUUCUUUGGUGGAUUUCUUCUGGACAGAGUCUUUGGUGUGAGGGUUGGCACCAUUAUUUUCAGUUUAUUUGUCCUAAGUGGUCAGAUUGUGUUUGCUUUGGGAGCUUACAUCCACAGUUUUACUGUGAUGGAAGUGGGCAGGUUUAUAUUUGGGCUUGGAGGAGAAAAUUUGGCAGUGGCCCAGAACACUUACUCUGUCAACUGGUUCAAAGGAAAGGAGUUAAAUAUGGUAUUUGGACUUCAGCUUAGCUUUUCAAGAGUGGGCAGCACAAUUAACAUGAAUGUAAACAACCCAAUCUAUAAGUCAUUUUCAAAUCAUAUCCAUUCAUCAGAAAGCUACAAGGCUCUAGGAAUGACCUUGUUUGUUGGAGCUGGUGUUUGCAUGUUUUCUCUCGCCUGUGGUUUGGCACUGGGGUUUCUAGACAAAAGAGCAGCUCGCAUUCUGAAGAAAGAAGAUAGUCAAACAGGCGAAGUCAUUCGUUUGUCAGAUGUCAAAGACUUCUCUCUUAAUUUGUGGCUAAUAUUCAUCAUAUGUGUUGCCUACUAUGUGGCUAUUUUCCCAUUCAUAGCACUUGGCCUUGCAUUUUUUCAAGCAAAGUUUGAUUUAAGACCUGCACAGGCAGCAGCAGUUAACAGUGUGGUGUUUAUUAUUUCAGCCUGUGCCUCUCCAUUCUUAGGUUUUAUGGUGGAUAAAGUUGGAAAGAAUAUCUUCUGGGUAAUUUUAUCAGUGGCUGUAACCCUUGGAUGCCAUUGUAUGAUGGCUUUCACUUUUUGGAACCCAUUCGUCGCUAUGAGUAUCCUGGGUGUGUCUUACUCCAUGUUAGCCUGUGCUCUGUGGCCACUCGUUGCUUUAGUUGUCCCUGAACAUCAGCUGGGUACUGCGUAUGGAUUCAUGCAGUCUAUACAGAAUCUAGGACUUGCAGUUAUCUCACAAGUAGCUGGAACAAUUGUGGACCAAAAAGGAUAUUUAAUAUUGGAAGUGUUCUUCUGCGCCUGGUUGUGCAUUGCCUUGAUUGCCAGCGUUUUGCUCUACUUGGUCGAUGCCUCUAGAGGGACAGGCCUGAACCUCUCCACCCUAGAAAGAAAUAAAUUAGCAGCUCAGAACAGAGUAACACUUAUUUCGUCAGAAGACGAAGACUUGGGCAAGAGAGACUAUAACGUGAGCCCAAUUACUCCUCGCUCUGCAGCUCAGCUGCGGUUGCGCUUUUUGUCUCGAGUGGGCCAACAGUACUUCCAGCUACCAGAGACCUACAGAGCUUCGGCACUGGCUUAUCCUCAUGUACUUAAGUGAUCAGUCAAUUCCUGUCUGUGCAUGAAUAAGCUCCUCUCUUGCGGUGUCAAUUUGAAGGACUGGGGUGCAAUAUUUGAGGCGAUUGAUGCUCUACCAUGUUAUUUUUAUUGUUGAUCAUGGACAAGUUUGCCAGAUUCAUUCUUAUAUAAGAUCUAAAAUGAUAUCACCGAGAUAAACGCAAGUAACUUUCAUAAGUAUUUAGUUAUAGAAGACUCUUUUCAGAAAUUUAUAUCUACGUUAUACCGAUUUUCUUUUUUCUUUCUUUCGUUCUUUAUCGUGGGGCUACUGUAAAUUUGCGAGACCGAAUCACUCAAAUUAACAAACGUGCCGUCACAGAAAACAAUGAAAUAGUGUGAUCAAGAAUCCUUGAUGAGACCUUAAGAGACCUUUGAAGUCCCAUUAUAGUUUUUUUUUUCCAAUUGAGUGUCGAUAGCUUUUAGGGAUUGCAUUGGUUUUGCUGUAUUUCGCCUUGUGAUUGGUCCAAAAAACACGCGCAACUCUCUCAACCAAUCAUGCAAAAGUAACAAGAGUCACCACUUGGUCGGCCGCGUUUUCCCGCGUUCUGGACAGUUUGGUUGUUUUUUUACUUUGAGUUUUUGUUGAUUCGUAAAGGUUUUUCCUUUCUUCUGAUUGGCCGUUGUUAUUACUUCGGUUUUGGUUUUACGACAGUCAAUCGAAAAGCGCACUAACAAGUUGUUGAAUGCUUAAAAAGGAUAUACAGCUUACAGAAUUGAUUAAAGUAUGAAUUGCCUUAGGAAACGCGCGAGGAGACGCAAGAAACAAGUAAUAUCCAGUUGGAAUUUGUUGUUAGUUAGAUAAGACAUAAUUGAGAAGUUGUUUUGAAUUAGAUUUUCUAUUUUCGACUAAUUAUUUGGAAGUGAUGUUGAUUGUUUUAUUUGCAAAGAUUUCGAUAACGUGGCUGAGAAGAGCUUUUAAUCGCCAGUGCGGAUAUUGAAAAAUUCAGACUUAAAUAUUUGUUUUUGAUUGGUUACCCUGCCCUUGUUAAACCUUUACUAGUUUUGUCAACCUUUCCACUCCCAAAAGUGACCGAGAAAAAAAUUAUCUUUACAAUAUCGAUACAAUAUAUAUAAUUUUUUGCCUACAAUUAUUUAACAGUGUAGUAUCGAAGUGUACCCCCCCCCCC